UUUUUUUAAUUUUGGAUGACAAGCGUUUACAAUAAUAAAAACAAAUUGAGCAAGAUGCGACAAAGAAACUCAGAACCUUACAUCAACUGUUGGUCUGCUGAAAUUGGAGGUGUACUCAUUAAAGUAAACUACAUAGAAAAAUAUGCAGAGUUUGAGCCGAAAUGCGACGCUGAGUUGGAUCAGCCAAGAAGUCGUUUCUCCAACUCAGUUCUUCCAGAUGUUGUGUGCACGGGGACGAUAAUUUCCAUGCACCCAUCACUUUUACGUGAGCCAGCUGGUGGACUGCAACGUCAGCAAGUAAAUCAGCCGGAACUUCACCGACCUCUGCAACCUGGCGAUCGAUGCGUUCUUUAUUUUUCAAAAGAGUUCCAGCUACUCACUAGAAACGAAUUGCCAGAAUUUAUGCAAAUACAUGACACUGGCAGUCUCAUCAGAGCACCUUCAUCACUCAGCGAUGAAACAGUUGCCAGAAUGACUCGGGAGAUGUUUUUUUGUUACACUGCAUUCAAGCAAAUGCAUGCCAGGGCCAGUGAAGUAAUGCAGAUCUAUCGGGUGGUGAAUAUUCUGAUAGUUGGGUGUGCAGACGUUGGACUGAUGACGCUGAGAAUGUUGCUUGAAAGCGAGGACAUCAAAGAGCGCAGUAGAAUUGCAUACGCCGAUGCUGAUGCGAACAAUGUUGAUUCAGCUAGAAAAAUGGGCUGUCGUCAUUUCUUGUUUUGGAAAAACGAAAACUACGAACCUGACAUAUUACGAGACACGCUUCAUGAAAUGCCAAAAGGAGCAGACAUUAUAAUUGAUUUCGUUUCAUCUUACCGAAGUCUUUCAAGAUCACUUCAACUCUUAAAUAAGGGGGGCACAAUGUUUCUGGCUGCUAACACAACAUUUCUGUCAGCAAUCUGCAUUGAUGCGAUCUUUCGCAAUAAUAUUUUAAUGGUGCCCAUAACUCUCGGAUCAAGAAAGUUGAUGACGGAAUUUCUAAAUCAGUCACCCAGCUGGAGCAGCAUUGCGAACUUUCAAGUCAAAUAACUGGUAAUAAUAACAAGUAAAAUUGAAAGUCGUCUAGUAGAGUCAUUUAAAAAUGUACAACUUUAAAUUUGAAAAAGAAAAAUCAGGCUAAGAAAAUGAAAUUGAACAAUUUGUUGAUAUAAAAAACAUAUCACGUAUUAACUGUAAAAUUUGUGUCGAUUUUUUUAAAAUUAGAUUUUAUGUAACAAAGUUUUUAAAAAAAGAGAAAAA